AUAUACUCAACUCCAAAAAGUCAUUUCCCAGAUCUUCUUCUUCCUCAUCCGAUCAUCAUCAUCAUUAUCAUCCGAUUUGUAGAUCCAUCGAAUAAUAUGAAUAACAAGGAACCUGCAAAGUUAGAUGACGAGCAAUUAGCAGAACUUCGAGAGAUUUUUCGAUCAUUUGAUCGAAACAAUGACGGAAGUCUAACGCAAUUAGAACUCGGUUCGCUGUUACGUUCACUCGGUCUGAAACCUAGCCCUGAUCAACUCGAAACCUUAAUUCAAAGGGCGGAUACGAAUAGCAACGGUCUAGUUGAAUUCUCGGAAUUUGUUGCUCUAGUGGCACCAGAGCUUUUACCCGAGAAAUCGCCUUACACGGAAGAACAAUUGCAGCAGCUAUUCAGGAUGUUCGAUCGAGAUGGUAAUGGAUUUAUAACGGCUGCAGAACUUGCGCAUUCUAUGGCUAAAUUAGGUCAUGCUCUUACAGCUGAAGAACUUACUGGGAUGAUUAAGGAAGCUGACACUGAUGGUGAUGGAAGGAUUAGCUUUUCUGAAUUUUCUCAUGCUAUAACUUUGGCUGCUUUUGAUAAUUCAUGGGCUUAAAUAAGGUGUGUUUAUGAAUUAAUGAUUUAUUUACAUAAAUAAAUAUGUAAUUGUUUGUAAUUGUAGUCAGAAUAUUAUUAAUUUUCAAAUAUUAUGAAUAACUUUGGAUGAAU